AUGGGGAACCUCAGCUGCUGCCUCCUGCUUGUCCUGGCCCUGCUCAGCCCCCACACUUCUGCUGCCAGGAAGUGCAACCUACAGGGCCUGUGGAAGAAUGAGCUGGGCUCCAACAUGACCCUCUCAGUCCUGGAUGUGGCUGGGACUUUCUCGGGCUCCUACCACACCCCCCCACCCGCCGUAACAGCCACCAACAAGAGGAUCCUGGUGUCACCCCUGCAAGGGGUCCAGCAGCACCCUGGCACCAAGGGGCAGCCCACCUUCGGCUUCACUGUGCAGUGGCAGUUUACAGACUCCACCACAGCCUUUGUGGGCCAGUGCUUCGUGGACCGCCGGGGGAAGGAGUCGCUGGAGACUGUGUGGCUCCUGCGGGAAGAGGUCCCAUCCCGCAGGGACACCUGGAAAGCCACCAGGGUCGGCACCUCCAUCUUCACUCGCAUCAAGUGA